UGUCAUGUAGUUAUUGUCUAACUAAAGACACUGAAUAUAGCUAGAUGUUUCAAAUUCAAACCAUCUAGUGAAACAACUAGUCUGAUCUAAUAUAGUGAACUACAUCUCCCAUAAACAUUUGCGCACUGGAAUGUUCCUUCUGGCGUCACGUCCCUUAGUGUCCAUCGUUUCCUGUUGAAGUGUAAAUGGAGACAUGACACAGUUGUUUUGGGAUUAUAAAAAACAAUAUAUAGUUAGAAAUCCACUGAAUUAAAAACUGCUGAAGUGAUAUUUAAAUUGAAGUCACUUGAACUCAGGCUCGGUGCAGUCGCUGGCCGCGAUGGAGGCGGUCCCCCGUAUGCCAAUGAUCUGGCUGGAUUUGAAAGAGGCAGGGGAGUUCGAGUUCAGCCCGUCGGUGAGGCAGUUCAUCCUGAAGAACUAUGGGGAGAAUCCAGACAGCUAUAAUGAACAGCUGAAGAAGCUGGAGACACUGAGACAGGGUGCGGUGAAUGUGACGCGGGACUUUGAGGGCUGCAGCAUUUUGAGGAAGUACUUUGGGCAGCUGCACUACCUUCAGAGCCGUGUGCCUCUGGGGCCUGGGCAGGAAGCAGCAGUACCCAUCUCAUGGACAGAAAUAUUUUCUGGAAAAACAGUCACUCAUGAUGACAUCAGCUAUGAGCAAGCCUGCAUCCUCUACAACCUGGGUGCUCUCCACUCCAUGUUGGGAGCCAUGGAUAACAGGGUGUCUGAAGAGGGGAUGAAGGUGUCAUGUACACACUUCCAGUGCUCCGCGGGGGCCUUCUCCUACCUGAGGGACCACUUCAGCCACAACUUCAGCGUGGACAUGAGUCACCAGAUCCUUAACCUCAACAUCAACCUCAUGCUGGGUCAGGCUCAGGAGUGUCUUCUGGAGAAGUCCAUGCUGGACAACAGGAAGAGUUUCCUUGUAGCCCGCAUCAGUGCUCAGGUGGUGGACUACUAUAAGGAGGCGUGCAGGGCUCUGGAGAACUCUGACACAGCCUCCAUGCUGGGUAAGAUCCAGAAGGACUGGAAGAAACUGGUGCAAAUGAAGAUCUACUACUUUGCUUCCAUCGCCCAUCUGCAUAUGGGGAAGCAGGCAGAGGAGCAACAGAAAUAUGGAGAGCGGCUGGCUUACCUGCAGAGCUCCUUAGACAAACUCAGUGAAGCCAUCAAGUUGGCCAAGGGUCAGCCGGACAGUGUGCAGGAGGCCUUGAAGUUCACCAUGGACGUGAUAGGGGGAAAGUUCAACUCUGCCAAGAAAGACAAUGACUUCAUCUACCAUGAGACUGUGCCCUCGUUGGAGACUCUUGCGUCCGUCAAAGGUGCCCCCCUGGUGAAGGCCUUGCCCGUGAACCCAACUGAUCCCAGUGUCACAGGACCAGACCUGUUUGCCAAGCUGGUGCCCAUGGCUGCCCACGAGGCCUCCUCUCUCUACAGUGAAGAGAAGGCAAAGUUGCUACGGGACAUCAUGGCCAAGAUAGACAGCAGGAAUGAGACUCUAGAGCAGUUUAUGGACUCUCUGGGUCUGGAGCCAGACUCAGUAGAUAACCUGGACAUGUACAGUCACAUCCCCCCUGUACUGAUGGAGAAGUGUGCUGCACUCAGUGUCAGACCAGACACCGUCAAGAGCCUCAUUCAGUCCAUGCAGGUCCUGUCUGGUGUGUUCACGGACGUGGAGGCGUCUCUGAGGGAGAUCCGGGACGUGCUGGAGGAGGACGAGGCCGGGGUGCGGGCGCUGCAAGAGGCGGUGGGAGGAGGCCCCGCGGCGGAGCUGCACACCCAGGCACAUGCCCAGACCCUGGCUGAGAUCCGCAGGGACCUGGAGAAGUACAUGGAGGCCCAUGAGAAGGCCAGCUUCACCAACACAGAGCUGCACAGAGCCAUGAACCUGCACAUCAGUAACCUGAGGCUGCUGGGGGGACCACUGGAUGCCCUGAGAGAUGCCCUGCCAAGGCCCCAACUCAACCAGGAGGAGGUGGCGGGGCUGCAGUGCAUGAAGAGGAUCCUGGGUAAGGUGCAGGAGAUGAGGGACCAGAGGAGCACCCUGGAAAAACAGCUGCGUGACCUCAUCCAGCAGGACGACAUCACUUCCUCCCUUGUCACUACCGAGCGCACUGACAUGAAGAGGUUGUUUGAGGAGCAGUUGAAGAAGUAUGAGCAGGUGAAGGUGUACAUCGACCAGAAUCUGUCUGCCCAGGAGAACAUCCUCAAGGCGCUGACGGAAGCCAACGUGCAAUACGCCUCGGUCCGCAAGGGCCUCGCCGAGACGGAACACAAGUGGAACGGCACGGUGCAGACCCUGGUGGCGUCCUACGAGGCUUACGAGGACCUGAUGAAGAAGUCCCAGGAGGGGAAGGACUUCUACGAGGACCUGGAGACCAAGUCCUCCCGCCUGCUGGAGAGAGCUAAGACUCUGUGUCAGGGCAGGGAGGAGGAGAGGAAGGCCGUGCUGGACAGGGAGACCCAGAAGAAUCCCCCUUCUCGGCCCACUGCAGCCAAACCGUCCCUGGGGUCCAAGGGGGGCUCAGACGUGGACUCUGCCUGUUCUAGUCUGGAGGAUGCUGAGCUAGCCCAGAUCAACGCUGCUAUACUGAGCCUGGGAGGAGACCUGCCUGACGAGCUCCGUAGUCUACCCCCCGACCACCCCUCCCUGCACUCUGCCCUUCGCCCGGGACCUGAGGCUUUCCUUCCUGGUGCCAAUCUGGGUGGCAAUGCUUCGUUACCCUGGCCAGGGGCACCUGGGACACCGCUCUAUACCCCUCAGUUCCCCCCAAACCUUCGCCCGCACCAUUUCCCUGGCUCACUCCCCGCCCAGGGUUUCCCCCGCGGACCCUUCACUCAGCUACCCCCCCAGCAGACCCCUGUUUCUGGCUAUGGCCUUCCCCAGCCGCAAGCCCCCCAAACUGGGGGAGUCGGGCCUGCCCGUGCCCCUUUCCGUCCCUCCACUACUACAGUAGAUAGUAUCCAGACCCCCAUCCCCAGUUAUAACUCAGCCCCACGCCACCCUGUACCACCUACUGUCUCUGCAGGCUACGCUGUUCCCCCACAGAUGGGUGUGUACCCACAGUACAUGACCCAGCCUGGGGUGCCCAUGCAAGCGCCCAGCCAGGUGCCACACCAACAUCCACAGCAGCAGUACCAACACCCUCCUGGGCAGCUGCCCCCAGGCUACCAGUCUGCCCCCAGGGCUAUGCCCGGGCCCCGACCCCCUCCCCAGGCCCAGCAGGGUUACCCACAGUACAUGCCCCCCAGCACCAGCCCCGGCCGCCCAUGCCCCCCGUAUCAGCAGCCAUAUCCUGGUCAGCCCCAGCCACAACCCCAGCAUGGCUACCAGCCCCAGUUACCACAGGGCUAUCAGCCUCAACACCCUCAGCAGGGCUACCUGCCACAACAGCCCUCACACAUGAUCCCAAAGGGCCCUCACACACAGAUGCCACCCACUUCCCAGCCCAUGCCCCCUGUCUCCCAACCAUACAUGCAACCUGCCAACCAACAGAUGCCCCCACACCCUCAUCAGCAGAUGCUACCUUCCCAACAACAACAAUUGCAUCCCAACGCCCAGCAAAUGCAUCCUCAUCCACAAAUGCACCCUGGCCCUCACCAGCAGAUGCCCCCUGCUUCCCAGCCCCAUCAUGUCCACCUCCCUCAGGCUUACCUGCCCAGGGGCCCCCUCCCACCUCAGGGGCCCCAGAUGCCCCACCCUGGUCAACCCCCCCAACAUGUCUACCAGCCCCAGUUACCACAGGGCUACCAGCCUCCUAUAAUGCCUCAUUCAGCCCCCCAACAGUCCCAGGCUCCCCAGCCUGUAGCCCCCAUGACCCCCACCAUGUACCCCACUCCUCCAGGUGUGAACGGCUCUCCCGGAGCCCCACCACAGCCCACCUCUAUGGGACAACCUCGGCCCCCUCCCCAGCACAUGAUUCCACCAACUGCUGGAGCUCCUCCAGUGGCCCUCCCACCUAACGCCAUCCUUCCCUCGCCCUCACCUUCCCCUUCUCCCUCCCCAGGCCCCUCUUCCCUAGGCCUGGCCCCCCAGAGGCCCUCCCCAGCCCCCACCCCUGGCGGUCCACCCUCUCUCCCUUCCUCCUCAUCCCCCUCCACCUCCCUCUUCCCGCGCCAGAACUCCAUCACAGACGACCUGCUCUCCUCCAGCCCAGAGAGCCAGCCCGGUGGCCCCAAGGCCCCCGCCAACGUCCUCCAACCCACCAAGGCUGACCCUCAGGACGGGGAGCGCCGCAAGAAGAGCUCCCAGGGCGUCCGGCUGAUCCAGGGCGACCCGUACCAAGCCCCCGAACGCGUAGCCCGCCUCUGCAGCGAACUCGAACGCUUCCGUUCGGCCGUGGAGUCUCUGGAGCGCCCGUCGGCGGACGAAGGUGGUCUGUCGCCGCUGGAUGCCCGCUGGAAGGAGCUCCAGGAGGGGCAGGAGAGGGACGCCAGGCAGCUGUCCAUCGCCAUCGCUCGCUGUUACACCAUGAAGAACCGCCACCAGGACGUGAUGCCCUACGACUGUAACCGCGUGCUGCUGCGCUCGGGCAAGGACGACUACAUCAACGGCAGCUUUGUGGAGGAGCUGUCGCCCUACUGCCCGCGCCUCAUCGCCACGCAGGCGCCGCUGUCGGGCACGGCCGCCGACUUCUGGCUCAUGGUGUGGGAGCAGAAGGUUUCGCUGGUGGUCAUGCUGGUCUCAGAGCAGGAGUUAGAUAAGGGAAAGGUUUUGCGCUAUUUCCCGACAGAACGCGGCCAGCAGCUUGCUCAGGGACCAAUCACAGUCACCCUGACUACGCAGAAGACCACGCCCACCCACGUGGAGCGAAUGAUUGGCCUGCAAUACCGUGACCAGAGCCUCAAACGCACCGUCAUACACCUGCAGUUCACCUCCUGGCCUGAGCUGGGUCUUCCUGAGAGCAAGAGCAAUCUAAUCUGCUUCAUCCAGGAGGUUCAUGGAUACUACCUGCACCAGAGGCCCUUACACACACCUAUUGUCGUGCACUGCAGCUCUGGCGUGGGGCGUACCGGCGCCCUCUGUCUGCUGUAUGCAGCGGUACAGGAGCUGGAGGCAGGGAACAGCAUCCCUGACCUACCUCUACUGGUCAAGAAGAUGAGGCAGCAGAGGAAGAACAUGUUGCAGGAGAAGCUGCACCUGAAGUUCUGUUACGAGGCGGUGCUGAAACACGCUGAGCAGGUCCUCCAGAGACACGGCUACCUCCCUACCGCCCCCUGCAGCAAGACACCCAGCACUGCUGCCACCAAGCCUUACUCUCGCCAGGAGUCCCAACAGGACAUCGUUCUGGGAGGUGACAUGACCAUCAGCUCCAUUCAGGCCACCAUCGCCAAACUCAGCAUCCGGCCUCCCAGUGCCACUGACCCAGCCAUGGACCCUGUCAUCGAGAUUGGUGCCCCCUCUGGUCUGGAGGACCAACCCUUCAUCCCCGCCACCGACCUGCCCUUGGACAGAGAGCCAGCCGCCGCCCCCGCCCGGGACCCCUCUCCCAGCGAGACCCAACGCUCCUCCCUCAGUCCCCCACGCUCCUCCCCAGAGAAGGUUCAGUCCCCACCACCCAAUGGUGUGGAUGCCACCGCCCCUUCCUCUCCCCCCACAGCCAAUAACCAUGCGGUCCCAGAGGUGACCCCUGAUCCGGCCCCUCCCUCUGGCCCGGCCCCAAACUCCCUGGAGCUGCUGGCCUCUCUGACUCCCGAGGCCUUCUCCAUGGAGGGUGGUGGGUGCAAGGGGAAGUACCGUGUCACUAAGCAGAGCUUCCUGCAGCCUGCCGAGGGCCAGGGUCUCAACCAGGGGCCCCACGAGGAUGGGGGAGACGACCCCCUGAGCUGCCUAGACCCCCUCUGGAGCCUCAACAAGAACUGAAACACAGGAGCCACGAUGCCCUCUUUCUCUCUCCCUUCAUAGCCGUGUCAAACUGACCUGUAGCCUUUAGAACUAGUUCUUCUUGAGUCUCUGAUUCUCAGUUAAUGAACCAACAUGAUUAGAAUGGUGGAAACUCCAAGAAUCACAACUAGAAGUGCUUAGUGGUAGGGGCUAGGGGUUGGUUUGAACCUGGGCCUUUCUGUCGCUUUAGGGACACUGCAGGGGUCAUACAUUCUGCCUCCGAUCACUGGUGGCCUGGCUGUGCUUCUGGGACCAAAUCAUGGUGCACUCGUCUUUUCUUUCCUUCUCUUUGUCCUGUGUUUCUACCUGUACCAGAUGGGUCUGUUCUUCACGCCUUGUUUCAGAGCUGGCCACUACAAUCCCAGCACGCCCUCGUACAGCUGGUCGCUCCAGGCACAGGGUUAGCUUGGGGUCUUCAUGUGGACUAAGAUGAUGGUAGUGACUGAUAUGGUGGCACUAAGGUGACGCAGACAGAGGCCAGAGGGUGGGGGAGGAGCUUGCAGACGAAGGUGUCGUUAUGGUAACCGCAUACAUGAAUCAGCACGUCUUAAGUUUUUUUCUUGUCUUUCAUUAACACUGUAAAUAUAUCUUGAAUAAAUGUAGACUACCCUCAUGUUA